AUGGUGGCGGACAGCUUAAAAGUAUGCACAGUAUGUGCAUCAAAUAAUAACCGUUCUAUGGAGUCCCAUAAACAGUUAAAGGAUGCUGGUUUUGAUGUCAGCUCUUUCGGAACAGGAUCUUCAGUCAAACUUCCCGGACCAUCAAUAGACAGACCGAAUAUCUACGAAUUUGGCACACCUUAUGAGACCAUCUACCAGGAUUUGUUGUCUCAGGAAUACAGGAAAAUGUACGAGGCUAAUGGGUUGAUAUCAAUGUUGGACAGGAACAGGCAUGUGAAGAAAGCACCCGAAAAGUGGCACAACAAUGCAAAUGCUGGAAAGUUUGACCUUGUCAUUACAUGCGAAGAGAGAUGUUUCGAUUCGGUAGUGGAAGACUUGAUGAAUCGUAUGAACAAUAAGUCCGAAGAUGCAGAAGAAAAAGAUGUCCGGAAGGUGGUGCACAUCAUCAAUAUCGACAUUAAAGAUGAUAAUGAGAAUGCUAAAAUUGGUGGCAAAGGCAUUGUAAGAUUAGUCAAGAUGAUUGAUGAAUAUCGUGAAAAAGAGAAGCAAAGGAAAAUAGACGAAGGUGAUGAAGACCAAUACCCAGUUUUAUUGGAAGAUAACAUCAUGAAGAUACUAACAGAGUGGCAGAGAGAACAUACGCAUCUACCAACAUUGUAUACCGCAUCAUAUUACUAG